CCGCCGCCGCCUACGGCCUGGUAUCCGCCAUGAAGUUUCGCGCCAAGAUCGUGGACCUGGCUUGUCUGAAUCAUUUCACACGAGUCAGUAACAUGAUAGCCAAGCUUGCCAAAACCUGCACCCUCCGCAUCAGCCCGGAGAAGCUCAACUUCAUCCUUUGCGACAAGCUGGCCAGUGGAGGCGUGAGCAUGUGGUGUGAGCUGGAGCAGGAGAACUUCUUUAGUGAAUUUCAAAUGGAAGGGAUCUCUGAAGAAAACAACGAGAUUUAUUUAGAAUUAACGUCGGAAAACUUAUCUCGAGCCUUGAAAACUGCCCAGAACGCCAGAGCCUUGAAAAUCAAGCUGACUAACAAACACUUCCCCUGCCUUACCGUGUCUGUAGAGCUGCAGCUGUCUUCAUCAAGCAGUAGCAGAAUUGUGGUGCAUGAUAUCCCCAUAAAGGUUAUUCCGAGAAGAUUGUGGAAGGACUUACAAGAACCCUCCAUCCCAGACUGUGAUGUCAGUAUUUGUUUACCAGCCUUGAAGAUGAUGAAGAGUGUUGUGGAGAAAAUGAGAAACAUCAGCAGUCAGCUUGUGAUUGAAGCAAAUCUAAAGGGAGAAUUAAACCUAAAGAUAGAAACUGAGCUAGUGUGUGUGACUACUCAUUUUAAGGAUCUUGAAAACCCUCUAUUACCCUCUGACAGUGUCUCUCAAAACCGACACCCAGAAGACAUGGCCAAGGUGCACAUUGACAUAAAGAAACUCCUCCAGUUUCUUGCUGGACAGCAAGUGACUCCCACCAAGGCAGUGUGCAAUAUCGUUAAUAACAGAACUGUUCAUUUUGAUUUGCUCCUGGAAGACGUCUCCCUUCAGUAUUUCAUCCCAGCCUUGUACUAGCACCGUCUCAGCAGACUUGGGAGCACAGAAACUUUUGUCACUAUGAGAGAAGCACUGGACGAUAUGGUCAGUCAGCUGCCUGUCCACACAGUACCACACAUCUGUACUUGGCUUAUUUCUCUCCCUAUGCUGCUUUAAGCACAACUGUGCUUAAUGAAGCACAGUUGGAUAGUCACUCCUUCAAAUUACUCAAUACCAAUCCUCUUAUCUCUAAGACAUUAAGAAGAAAAUAAUUUAUUUUUUUUAUAGAGUUUUUGUUGUUUUGUUUUCUUCUGGUGCGGAGAUGAGACCAGGGCCUCGUGCAUACUGAGCAUGUGCUCUGCCACUGAGCUGCCCCCCCCCCCCCGUCCCUGUCUAAAAUUUGAGUAGUGGUUGGUUUGUCAAUGAGGUUACAAAAAUUAUAUGUGUAGAAUUCAUGUUGCAGUCAGUACAACCCAGGUAGUUUCCAGCUCAUUCCCUGGUAUAACACAGCUGUCUGUUUUCAGAGUUUAGCAUGCUCAUUUCUCCCAUCCACACAUCUGGGAGAUCAGUGCGAAAUGGACAGCCCCUCUGCCCCUGCAGCAUGCCGGGUUUCUCACCACACCGUGAGUGUACAGCUACUGCAUGUGGAACCUUGCAAGCUUACAGAAGAUUCAAGUCCACUCACUUCCUUCUCGCUGUCUGCAGAGCCAGAGAGCCUGGGGAAGCUGCAGAGCUCCCAGCCUGGAGAAAUUGGGUCCCUGAGAGCCUAAAGGCCCCAGAAACCUACCCAGCCCACAUAGUUCCCAUCUUGAACUUGUCCUUUUUGUAUUUUCUGGUUUUAGGUUAUAAUUCCCUGUUUUGUAGCACUCAGGAUCAAGCCCAGGACUGGGUACAUGCUAUGCAAGCACCGUGUGUCAAAUUCUAUCUCCAGUCCUUUAUAUCAUAAUUGUGUAUAAUGCUUCCACAGUGUCAGAUCUACCCUUCUGUAAAGCACGUUGUUUUGUGUAAAGCAGUGGAAGCUCAGCUGUCUGUCAUAUCUGUGAAGUGAUGAGGGUGUGUCCUGCUCCUGAUUGGAGCUGGCUCACCCAAAACAGUGACUUCCCAUUCUCCAAAAACACCAUUACCAGGUUUUCAGUUUUAACUAGGUGUCAUGAGAUGGCAUCAUAAACAGAGUUUUCAUGUCACAAAGUCAAGGCCUAAGUUGCCUAGGAUAAGAUUUUAAAAGAA